UGUAGACGUCAGCUGUCACCUGACAAAUCCUAUUUUACAUGUGAUUUAUUUUGUACAACAAUGGGACAACAGAGUUCCCAAUUUCAGGAGUAUUUUAAUGAUAUUGUCUCGGAUGAGCCUAUACUUACAUUACUUUCUGAAGAAAUUCAUACUUUGAGUUAUGAAAAAUUUUUGACAAUACUUGGGGAGCUCAACCAACUUUCAAAACAACGUUUAGAUUCAGAAGGGAAGCAAUUAGUUUUUGCUGUUAAGAAAGGGACUGAUUCUACUGUUUUCUGGAAAGCUACUGUGCAAAUAGCUUGCGUAAAAAUUGAUUCUAACACUCAGAAAGUGCAUACAUACCGACUGUUAAAUCUCUACGAGUUUUUAAAAGUGUUCAAGACACUUAAAUGUCAGUCUUCAGCUGAAGAACAGAGCAGGAGUGGAAUGUCUGUUUCACAAGUGGUCAACAAUAUUAAAGAUAAUCCUGCAGACAACACAAAAGAAUGUUGCAUUUGUUUAGAAAGAAAACAUGAAGUUAUUUUACCCUGUAUGCACAGUUAUUGUUUGCCAUGUAUAGAAGAAUGGAAUGCCAAUCACGAUACAUGCCCGAUUUGUAGAGAAAAAUUGGAGAGUACUGAUGAUACCUGGGUUAUAUCAGAGGUACCAGAAGCAGAAGAAAUUAGUAAAGAAAUCAAGUCCAGUUUAAUGGAACUUGCUGAAGACAAAGAAUCUCCCUGUUUACCUUCUUAAUGUGUGAGGUAUUGAUUUUAAAUCUUAUUAAAUGUUGUUAAAACGUUAUUUUAUGAAUCUACAAAUAUAUUUAAUAAA